GCCACCUCUUCCGCCGCCGCUCGGCCGGGGAGCUGCCCGCUGCUUGCGUCCAGGGGGACGCGGUCGAGGCCCCUGCCCGGCCUGGCCCGACCCGAAAGCUGCUGCCCUGGAGCCUGGCGCGGGAGUCGCCGCCAGACGCCCUGAAGGAAGAGGCGCUGCGCUACAGCCUGGCCGACGAGGCGUCCAUGGAUAGCGGCGCGCGCUGGCAGCGUGGGAGGCUGGUGCUUCGUCGUGUGCCCGGCGCGGACGGCAGCCCGGACCGGGUGCUGGAGCUCUUUGACCCUCCCAAGAGUUCAAAGCCCAAGCUGCAAGCAGCCUGCUCCGGCAUCCAGCAGGUCCGGCGGUGUACGCGCCUGGAGAUGCCCGACAACCCCUACACCUUCGUGCUGAAGGUGAAGGACAGGACAGACAUCAUCUUUGAGGUGGGAGACGAGCAGCAGCUGAACUCGUGGAUGGCCGAGCUCUGGGAGUGCACUGGCCGAGGGCCGGAAAGCACAGACCGAGAGCUAGGCCGUCCCUCUGCUCCGGAGCCUAGCACUUCCAGCUCCCCUCGGGGAAGCACUGACUCCCUGAACCAAGGUGCUUCUCCUGGGGGGUUGCUGGACCCCACCUGCCAGAAAACAGACCACUUCCUGUCCUGCUACCCCUGGUUCCACGGCCCCAUCUCCCGGGUGAAGGCAGCCCAGCUGGUGCAGCUGCAGGGCCCUGAUGCGCAUGGCGUGUUCCUGGUGCGGCAGAGCGAGUCCCGGCGUGGGGAGUAUGUGCUCACUUUCAACUUCCAGGGCAGAGCCAAGCACCUGCGCCUGCUGCUGACGGAGCGGGGCCAGUGCCGCGUGCAGCACCUGCACUUCCCCUCGGUCGUGGACAUGCUGCGCCACUUCCAGCGCUCGCCCAUCCCGCUUGAGUGUGGGGCUGCCUGCGAUGUCCGGCUGUCCAGCUACGUGGUUGUCCUCUCCCAGCCACCAGGUUCCUGUGACACUGUCUUCCUCCCUCCCUCCCUCCUUCCCUGGGACUCAGAGCUGGGCCUCCCCCACCUCAGCUCUUCCGGCUGUCCUCAAGGGCUUGGCCCCGAGGGUCUUCCAGGCCGCUCGUCACCACCCGAGCAAAUCUUCCACCUGGUGCCUUCGCCUGAGGAACUGGCCAGCAGCCUGCGGCACCUGGAGCCUGAGCCUAGGAGUCGAGCCCGAGACUCGGACUAUGAAAUGGACUCGUCUUCCCGGAGUCACCUGCGGGCCAUCGACAACCAGUACACACCUCUCUGAUGGUGGUGGGGCCCAGGCAAAGACAUGAACUUGUGAAUGUAACGAUCUUUCCUUCCUUCCAGAGAGAGAUUCAAGGGACGCUCAGCUGCCCUUUGCAGUUGGACGUGACCCUGCUAUUAGGCCUGUUAAAGGGCCUCCUGUACGUCUUGCCUAUGCUCGGCUUUCUUCUUGUUGUUUACAGAAGUGGUUCCUGUCUGCAGAUGCCACCAACCUCUGCCCUGGGUCCCUAGUCCGAGUCCCCAUCGCUCUCAGAAGAGGUGGGGUGAGGGCCGGAGCUGGAGGAGAAACUCGCUCGCUCUCACUGACACCGUCACAGCUGGUGACAGACUUUUACAGGGGAGGGAGGGGUGUCAUCAGGGAGCCCAGAACACUAACAAGCCCUGGAGCCUCACGCAGUUUCCCACGGGAGCGUCAGGCCCGAGGCAGGUCCACGCCCCAGGUGGGCACUCCUAACCCAGCUCCUCUCAGCUUUGGGACAAAAGCUCCGUCACAGGGGCAAGCUGAAGGUAAAAAAUGAUUUUAAACAUUUUACCUCAGAUUAAUUUUUUAAGGAUUCAGGUUUCAAGACUAAAUCAUUGCUUAUUUCAUUGCACUGUUUCACCUCAUACCCGUGCCUGUUCUGUAGCCAGGGGUCACUACUGCAAGCCCCGCCUGACUUACUCAUGGUCCGAGUCACUGUGCCUGGCGGCCUUGUCCAUCCCUGGGUCAGUCACCUGCUCCUGGGCAGCCACUGUCCUCCCUGAAUACAGAGAAGUGAAAUGUGUCACCCGUUCAGAGAAAUUCAGGCAAUUACUGAAACAGGAGGGUGACAAGGAACAGUUCUACCCUGGUGCCUUAAGAAUCAACAACUGGACCCUGGUUUACAGCAGCCUCAUGCAGACCACGAGUCACAGGGUAGCGGGGGGUGGGGGGGAGCGGAAGGGAAGAGGCUCCUGGGCCCUUUCUAGGCAGCCCCAUAAACUGGCCAGCUCAGUGGCCCCCACACUUCUGAGGCUUAUUAAAUUACCCCACAAGUGAGCUUUUGGCUCCUUUUUAAGCCAGAAUGGAAGCUAGGAAUCUGCUGCCACAGCCAAGGAGAAACUAAAAACCCACAAUCUGUCCUGUCCUAGCACGUGUGUCUCUGGACACAGGCCCCUGUCCAGCCAGGGCCUGAAGCCAAACCUCCAUCUAUACUUGCCUUUCAAAUGACACGAUUCAUAGAGGGGCCUUCCUGUGGAGGCGUAGGAACAGGGUGGGCAGUAACGUAGCGAGUCAGCUGCUCCUGGGAGCCAGCAGAGCCAUUCAGUGCAGCCAACCAGUGUCACCACAGUGGCUUCUAUGAUACCAGGAGCGUAGCAGAGCUCAGCUUGCGACGCUCGAACCCACAGCCUCAGACCACCCACACUGCCUGCCACCUCAAGGAAGGGCUUGGUCUCUCCAGUUACUCUCUAUCCCCCAAGAGGCCAGGCUUUUGCUUCUACAAUUUGCUCGUUUUUUAGAGGGCUUAGGCCGGGCACAGUGACACACCCCUGUAAUCCCAGCACUCAGGAAGCCGAGGCAGGAAGACUGCUCAGAGUUCAAGGCCAGCCUGGGCUACACAGUGAAAGAUCUGACCUACAUACCAAGACCUUGUCUCAAAAAGCCAGAGGGCUUUACAGCCACCUCUGCGCCACUCUGAAGACACUCCAUUGUUCUUAUGGGCCACACCCCACACUGACCUGGGCUUGCCGUCCAGUUCUGAGGGUACCUGUCUUUAUCCUCCAACAAGCCGGUUUAGUAAAUGUGGCUGGGUGUGGCCUCCCAGCACUUGGGAGGCUAAGGCAAGAUCAACAUGAGUUCAAGGUCAGCCUGGGCCUAUAUCCUGAGGCCCUGUCUUCUAAAAAAAAAAAAAAAACCAAAAGUGAACCAAGUGCGUCAGCAGUGUUCUGGAUUUUUUUUGAAAGACAAAGGUCAUCAGAGAAGGCAACCCUGAUGAGUGAGAUCGCUAGGUUUUCUCCUGUCUGCACAGGAAAUAGUGAAGCAAAUAAGUUCCCUUGCUCCAGCCGGUCUAGCCCUCUUUCCAGCUUGGGCCGUGCCAGAAGUGCGCCAGGCCCUGCACACACAGCAGCUCCAACCCAGUUCACGGUGACAGUGAACUGCAAGUCCCCCACCCCAGACUGCUUCCUCUCUGAAUGUGUCCAGUUUACCAGGACAGCUCAAAUACAUUCUGACAAAAAGACCCCUUACUGGCCCCGGGACCAAGUGACACUAUGCCAAUGCCUUUUCUUUCUGCUGAAGCAGGCCCAGCUGGGCUGGGUGUGCUCACUGCUGAGCCUGGCCCUCCUCACGCCAGCAUAUCCCACGCCCCUCCCGCUAGGCACGAUGUGACCACCACUGGCAGCUGAGGCCAAGCCAGCAACUUCCACCCACAGCAAGGGUGAGCGCCCGCCUGGGCAGUGAAGGAGGAAGCGUCAGAAAUCACAGCUCCCAGCACCAUCCUUUCCUUCUACUACUAAACUUUAUAAAUUAACAGUCACCAGCACCAAAGAAUUAAGUCAACUAACUUGCCUUGAAUUUUAGACCAGCAAUCCAUAUGGUUUUUACCUGGUACAAAUCUUCUGCCUUUGAUCACUUCUGGACCAUGCAGGAAAAAGGAAUAGUUAAAAUUGUUAAGAUCCUGGGCCAGAGAACACUAUUUUUACGUAACAGUUUCUUAAUCUAUCCAGGAAGGCCUUCGACUUUUUCCUGAGGGUUGCCUGAGAUUCCUUCCUACUUUUUAUUGAGGGCUGUCACUUACCACAGAUGACAUGUCCAAGCUGACACCUUGACCGUAGAUCACCCACUGCCUCUUACCAUGGACACCCCUGCUGUCAAGUGGCUGAAGUAACAGCACAGUGUGGUAACACAAAUAGCAGAUUAAUCUGGUUAUCAUUUUAGGUAGAAGGUAUCUGGCAGUUUUUAUGUAUUGUUUUAUGUACUGUAUAAGUAACUUAUUACUGAAUAAUGCAAAUUUUGCUAUAAUGUACAAAUUGCUAUACGUGAAUUAAAGUAAGUUUCUAGAAUCUUGA